AUGGAGUAUUUCAGUCUCAAAAGGUCGACCGCAGCCGAUCGCAGUCAAUCGAAUAUUUCCAGCAAGGUCUACGUCCGCUCAACGAAAAGUGGCAAGGUCCAAAAAAUUGUCAGAGAGUUAUAUUUGCGACAAGACAUUCCGUGCUCGUCAAAUCUUUGCAGAGCGUGCUUAGAAAUUGCACCAACAGAUUAUUCAAAGAAGGUUGCGCCUUUUGUCCUGUCAGAUACUCCAGCAGGAUCCAAGGACUUCCCCAAUGGACAGUAUCUCGUUCCAGACACGAAUGCGAUUCUCACCGGAAUGGACUUGUUCGAAGUUGGGACUGCCUUUCACGAUGUCAUUGUGCUGCAAACUGUCUUAGAGGAAGUGAAGAACCGUUCAUUACCACUCUACCAUCGCCUGAUCUCUUUGACCAAAAACGAAGGAAAAAGGUUCUACGUCUUCUUCAAUGAAUUUCGUCAGGAAACAUAUGUGCCACGAGAUGCCGGUGAGACUAUCAACGACAGAAAUGAUCGAGCUGUGCGCAAAGCUGUGCAGUGGUACAAUCAGCAUAUCACUGAAGCAGUAGCUGGGCGGAGCAAAAAGCAACAACGUAUUCCCACAGUUGUUAUGAUUACCGAUGACAAGGAAAAUCUGCACAAGGCGAAAUCUGAGCAUGUCCCCGGAAAGACCCUAUCGGAUUUUGUAUCAGGCCUCGAGAAUGCUGAUGAGUUACUUGAUAUGAUCAGUGCGGCGCAAGAACAGAGAGAAGUACGCUCGAAAAAGGCAGAGGUGUUUUAUGCAGAUCAUUAUUCUGUUUCGAAGAUGAUGACUGGUGUGAAAGCAGGCACUUUGCAUCAAGGUAUCUUCAACGUAUCACCGUACAACUACUUGGAGGGAUCUGUACACGUUCCCGCUUUUGACAAGUCUCUUCUUGUACUAGGCAGGGAGAAUAGCAACCGAGCUGUGUCAGGCGAUGUGGUGGUUGUAGAAGUGCUUCCGAAAGAUCAAUGGAAAGCCCCGUCGACCAAGAUCAUUGAAGAAGAGACAAUGAAUAAAAAUGACAACGCUGAAGCUGAGGAGGGGGAAAACGUCAUCUCGGAGCGAGAACGGAGGGCUUUGCAGGAAGAAGUAAAGCGAACUCACGGCCAAAGCAUUGAAGGUCGACCUCAACCAACUGCACGAGUCGUUGGCAUCAUCAAACGAAAUUGGCGUCAAUAUGUUGGCCACAUAGAUCGGGACUCUGUACGCUCUGUCUCUAAGUCUAGCAGACAGCAACAAACAGUCUUCCUAGUACCGAUGGAUAAGCGCAUCCCCAAGAUUCGAAUACGGACACGUCAAGCUGGAGAACUUCUUGGUCAACGAAUUCUGGCGACGAUCGAUUCGUGGGAUAUAGAUUCCCGGUAUCCAGUAGGCCAUUUUGUGCGAUCACUGGGAGAGCUCGAAUCCAAGGGCGCAGAGACAGAAGCUUUGCUACUGGAAUGGGAUGUGCAGUACAAGCCGUUCCCAAAGACAGUUUUGGACUGUUUACCUGCCGAGGGACACGACUGGAAGGUACCUACUAGUCUAGAAGACCCGGGUUGGAAAGGACGCAAGGAUCUGCGAGAUCUGUUGGUCUGCAGUAUCGAUCCAGUCGGCUGUGUUGAUAUUGACGACGCCCUGCAUGCGCACAAGCUACCAAACGGUAAUUACCAGGUCGGUGUCCACAUUGCGGAUGUCUCUCAUUUCGUCAAACCGAACAACGCUAUGGACAAGGAAGCCAGUCAGCGUGGAACAACUGUUUACCUUGUUGACAAGCGCAUUGAUAUGUUGCCUAUGCUUCUCGGAACCGAUUUGUGCUCCUUGAAGCCUUAUGUCGAGCGUUACGCCUUCUCAGUGAUUUGGGAAGUUACAGAAGACGCGGAAAUUGUGUCCUCGCAAUUCACGAAGUCGGUCAUUCGGUCAAGAGAAGCCUUUAGCUACGAACAAGCACAGAUACGGAUUGACGACAAGUCACAAGAAGAUGAUCUCACCAAUGGCAUGCGAACUCUGCUUAUGCUGUCCAAGAAGCUGAAGCAAAAGCGCAUGGAAGCUGGUGCCUUGAAUCUCUCCUCGCCCGAAGUCAAAGUGCAAACUGAAUCUGAGACAUCAGAUCCCGUUGAUGUGCAGACGAAAAAGUUGCUUGAUACCAAUUCCCUGGUCGAAGAAUUCAUGUUACUCGCCAACAUCAGUGUCGCAGCGAAGAACUACGAGGCGUUCCCUCAAACCGCAUUGUUGCGUCGUCAUGCAGCUCCCCCCAAGACUAAUUUUGAAGAGCUUGAUAACCAGCUCAAGGUCAAGAAGGGCAUGGAGCUCAAGACCGAUAGCUCCAAGGCCCUCGCAGACUCGCUCGAUAAAUGUGUUGACCCCAACAACCCCUUCUUCAACACACUUGUUAGGAUCAUGGCAACGCGCUGCAUGAUGUCUGCAGAGUACUUUUGUGCAGGAACUCAGGCAUAUCCUGAAUUCAGACAUUAUGGACUCGCAAGUGAGAUCUACACGCACUUCACCUCGCCUAUUCGUCGAUAUGCCGAUCUCGAAGCUCAUCGCCAGCUUGCUGCCGCCAUUGAGUAUGAGCAACUGGAUCCUAGCUUGCAAUCCAAAUCCAAACUCGAGGCCGUGUGCAAGAACAUCAAUGUGCGCCAUCGCAACGCGCAGAUGGCUGGUCGUGCUUCGAUAGAGUACUACGUCGGGCAGGCUCUAAAGGGCAAGGAUGUUCAGGAAGAAGGUUUCAUCAUGAAGAUCUUCUCCAACGGAUUUGUCGUCUUUGUGCCACGCUUUGGUAUCGAAAGUCUGAUCAGACUGAGGGACCUUGCCACGCCGGAGCCUGAGGCCGACUUUGACGCUGAUAACUAUGUGUUGAACGUCAAGGGUGAUGUGAAGAGGAAUAUUGAGCUCUUUGAAAAGGUCACAGUGCGCAUUACGGACGAGCUGGAGGAGAGCACGGGAAAGAGAAAGCCAAUUGACCACGCAUUCACCAUGCACCUCCCCGCCACGUCCCCCUACCAAAACUUGACACCCACAGCGUCCCUAUGUAUAUGUACCCCCCUUGCUCUCCCCACACAAACACCCGUCCCUCUGAACGUCCCUUCGCUUGAACCCCACCAUUCCGUCACAAUUGCGCAAUGCAUAUUCACCGCGCCAGGCUUUCCAACAGCCCCUGAGCUUCUCGCUAUGCAACCGCGUACUACCCAGGCAAACGUACUGGCAUAUACUUAG